GCAUUUUCCGAGUGUUUGUCUGGUGUUCCAGUCUUCGAAAAGUAUGAUCAAGAGUGCGGGGAAGUAAUAGACGGGAUUGUUGAUUCCGGCAAGGCGGGCGCCGGGGGAAAGCGAGCUUGAAGUCAGAUAGAAUGGACGACCGGGGUUGGAGAUGCAAGGCGAUGAAUGACCAGCCAGCCCACAGACGGAUCAGCGAGCAGCAAGGCGCAUCCAAAGCCAAGUCGCCAGUGGUCGCGCAGCAGUAUGUUGUAUCUGCGGGUACAGGUACGAGGCAAGACCCCAGGCACUGGACAUGUACGACUGCGUCGACCCUCUUGGAGACGAAGGGCCGGGAGAGCCUAUGGCUGGGUGGUGAGGUGGCAGCCGUAUGCAAGUAGCUCUAUUCGGGUAUCGUCAGGGAUGUAUAAGUCGUCUGGGAGGGUUGCCGCCUUAGCGGUCCACAGAAAGCCAAAAUUCCAAGUCUCCCAGCGCCGAAGAAAGAUGCCAGCGGCCGUAGUCAAAUCCUCGUUUUGGGGGGCCUGUUUACACCGGAGACAAAGAAAGUUAAAUACUUUCGAACCUUUCUCGAGGCCGUGGUUUUUGGUUCUGUUGAUCUCUGUGCUGAGCCCAGUGUGCGUCGCUUUUUCUGGGAGCUUGAUGCCUGAGCUGUGAAGUUUGCCAAUGCUUGGCAGGGCAACCCAGCGAACAAUGUGAUGUGCGACUGCUUGUGGUCCGCACGGUUCUAUAACCAUCAAAGUAGAAGAAGAAAGGGGGGAAAUAUGAAUCAGAAGACAAAAGUCGGGUAGCAUGGAAAUGUUGGC